AAAUUAAAGGGAAAAGGAAGGAGAGGAGGAGAGUAUCAGCUAACAAUGGCUUCGUCUUUCCUCCUGUCCUUCGCUCCUCGUCCUCCUCUCUCCCUCUCCUCCCCUCCCAAACCCUAUCUCCUCCGCCACCACCAACACCACCACCUCCCCACUCUCCCUCUUCUCCUGCGGCUGGAGGAGAGGCGGCGCCGCCCCUCCUCCGCCGCGGCGGCGAAGAACGGCGACUCCGCCGAUCCCCCCGAUCGCGUGCUCUCCGCCGCGUGCUAUCUCUACCCUUUCCUCGACGGGGUCCAGUACGGGCGCUUCGUCCUCGCGCAGUUCCCCUUCUUCCAAACCCUAAUCCAGCCCCUCGUCCCCGCGAUCCGGCUCUUCCGCUCUUCCCCGGUCACCCCCUUCCUCCUCUUCCUCACCCUCUACUUCGCGGUGGUGCGCAACCCCUCCCGCUUCAGCCGCUACGUCCGGUUCAACACGAUGCAGGCCAUCGUCCUCGACGUCCUCCUCAUCUUCCCCGACCUCCUCGAGCGGUCCUUCGCCCCCAGCGACGGGGUCGGCUACGAGAUCCUGCAGAGCGUCGACAGCACCGUCUUCUUCUUCUUGCUCGUCUCCCUCGUCUACGGCUCCACCGCCUGCCUCCUCGGCGAAAUCCCCAGGUUGCCCCUCGUCGCCGACGCCGCCGAUCGCCAGGUCCUCUGACUGCCACCUCCUCUAUCACCCCUGCCCCGUCCCCCUCCCCCUCCCCCUCACUACUUCUACUUCUUCUUCGUCCUCCUCUCCUCCUCUCGCAAAAUAGGUGUUAAUUUUUGGCAUUCCACGGUUCCGAUUGGGGGAUUUGGGUGGGAACGGGAAUGUGGAUUGGGGCAUAAUUUUUCCCUUCUUUAUUUUUUCUGGUGGUAUUUGGUGGUGACUUGGUUACAAAACUAAAUUACCUUGUUGUACCAUCUGAUGUAAAACUCGUAUUUUUGCUAAUAAUAUUUUGCUGAUAAUAUCUGACUAUUUUUAGGA